CUCUCCAUCUCCCAAAAACAUUAAAAAAAAAAAAAAAAAAAAAAAACUAUACCUGAAUUUGAUCAUGAAUUUCGAACGAAAAAUUCAUAACGAAUCAACUUAAAAGUUCAAAUUUAUCUCUUUUGUAUAAUGAAAAAUUAGCGUGAUAUUUGAAGGAUUAGCUAGGUUUUCGAUUUCAUGGUGUGUAUAUAUAUAUAUAUGUAGAUAGAGUAUCAUCAUGAUGGGGGCGAAUCCACGGCCACUGCAGGCGCGUCGUCCGUACGAGGAUCACGCGCCGCUGAUGGAGGAGGAUGAUGAUGAAGAGACUAUGGAUGAUGACGUAAGCAUGACGGAGGUUUUGAAUGGAGGAGUAGUGGAAGUAUGUAGAAGUAGUGAGCUUACUCUUGCUUUUGAAGGAGAAGUUUAUGUUUUUCCUGCAGUCACUCCAGAUAAGGUGCAAGCAGUGCUCUUACUAUUGGGGGGAUGUGACAUUCCUACUGCUGUUCCCACUGUUGAACUUCCAUUCGACAACAAGGUUGAAGAUUUGCCAAAGCAAGCUAAUCAUUCGAGAAGAUUUGCCUCCUUGGUUAGGUUCCGAGAGAAGCGAAAGGAGAGAUGUUUUGACAAGAAAAUUAGAUAUAGUGUCAGGAAAGAGGUUGCUCAAAGGAUGCAUAGGAAGAAUGGUCAGUUUGCAUCUUUGAAAUCAACUUCUGGAUCUUCUAGCUGCGACUCAACCAAGAGUAGCCUUGAAGGAGACGGCACACAACAUUCUGAAACUCUUCCUGGAAAGUGUCACCAUUGUGGCGUGAGUGAAAAUUGUACGCCAGCGAUGCGUCGUGGGCCAGAUGGACCAAGGACACUCUGCAAUGCAUGUGGACUAAAGUGGGCAAACAAGGGAACGUUGAGAGAUCUAAGCAAGGGAGGGAGGAAAAUUUCUGUUGAACCGAAUGAACUUGGAACUCCUGACAAUCCCGUGAAGGCAUUUGCUGAAGGAUCUCUUGACCAUUGUGCUGAUGGGGAAAAGAAUCGAUUCAGCUCCGGAAGCAAUCUUGCAAAUGAGAUACCUGUGGGUAUCAUUAGUUCUUCUAGUAAUUUUGUUGAGCAGGAAACUCUUGAUUUUGGAAAUGAUUCCAAAACUGAGCUUGUCAUUCCUGCAAACUUUGACUAGUUGACUGCCUGUAAAUCGUCGUCGUAACAUAUCCAAUUGAAGUGAACAUCUCCUUUUGUGGAGAGACAUUACUAUUUCGAAUCGACCCCUAUUAAAUUCAGAAUGGUUGAUGUUGAUGCUAGUGUAAGCUUUGAUGCCUGUAAAUGAGUAAGUAAAGGUUAUUGGUUGCCUAAUCAAUCCGUACAAAGUGUGAUAAUUGCUUCCUGUACAUCAUAAGCUAGUCAUAAUUUUACACUUUUUGGUUGUAAAUAGAUAGUUUAAUUUGACUUAUGUGUAUAUUUUAACAUCUGGCUAAUACUGAUAAGGUGUCUUUGAUUUUCCAA